UUUUAUGUUAUCAGUGAAGUUUAAUCAGCUCGUCACAAGGCGUCCAUUUGGCUCGUUUUUUUUUUUUUACGGCUAUCAGGUCUCCAACUUUCGCUUAAAUGAAACAAAAAAGCAGAUAUCCGGUGGCUCCGCUCCGGCAUCGGUGUCCGGGCUCCACUUCUGGGUCUAUUACAAGGCGCCACUCCCUCAAAUGAACAGAGAACGCGGGAAGACGUUCACUUUUAGGAAAACAAUAGCGCGUGCGGGCUCAGGGGCGCAUCGAACCGAUCCGAUUUCACCCGUUUGCAUUCUAGCCGUAGUCGAAGACGAGCCGAGGCCGGAAGGGAAGUGAUUCUGUCAACACUGAAUGGAUCCAUCGGGGCGCAAUGGCAUUCCUUGGCAAGCUCUGCUUUUCUAGGUGUCGGCCGAAGCCAGAGUCACGGAGAGGUCCUCUAUCUUCCGUCAUUAAAUACACGCAGCAGUAAUUGAACUCCACCAAUGUGCAAUGCCAAAAAGUGACACCUGGCCCCGGGGCGUUUCUGUUGAAUCUGUGUCUGGGAUGGACAGCGCAGGAAGCUGUGAUAGUGUGCUCAGCAUCAACUCUGGAUUUAGUGAUGACAGUCUGGAGCACCUUUCGGCUGAGGAGAGAGCCUGUCUCAUGUUCCUGGAGGAGACCAUUGAGUCUCUGGAGGCAGAAGAAGACAGCGGUUUGUCCAACGAUGAGGCUGAUCGCCCAUCAAAUGGCCCAAAAGCAAAAACUGCUCAGCAGCCGUCUAUCCACCAGAACAGAUCUGAGGGGCUAUCAACCCAUGAGGAUCCAAACAAAGUGAUUGGAAGAGAUCGUAAACCAUCUCAGAAGUACCUUGUGCCAACUCCAUUACUCCUUGCAAGUGGAAAUCCCAGGAUAGUCAGCAAACCAAUGGAAACAUCCCCUGGGAAUGCCAAGAUAGUCAUCAAACCAAUGGAAACAUCUCCUGGGAAUGUCAAGAUAGUCAUCAAGCCAUUGGAAACAUCUCCCAAAGAAACACCUGUGGCUUUUAUUGACGCUCCUGAUGGGUUUAGAUCAAGCCCUGACCUUCAACAACCUAUAAAGACAAUUCCAGAAGAAGCUACUUCAAAAGUAGCAACCUCCAAACCAAGCGCUGGAAAAUCACUUGAUGUCGUGGACUUGCCACCAUCUUUCAUACCCAAACCUCCAGUUAAAACGAGUUUGCUAAGUGACUCGAAAGCCAAAGAUGGUGCAUCUAAGAGUUUGGAUGGCAAGUCUCAGAAAGUUUCCUCGGAGGUGCCUCUGGAAUUCAUUCCUCCACCUUCAGACUUCAUGGAUGAACCAGCGGAAAAGAUAAGCCUGGCUUAUUCACCACCCGCUCCGGUUUACGAAGAGCCACCGGAAUGGAUUCCCGAACUCCCCAAAGUGGAGCCUGGUGUAUCUAUCAAGCCAACAGAGAUGACCAAAUCAGAACCAGAAUCGCAAAAUGUGAUCAAAAACCUACACAAGAAGGCCUCCUUGAAGGAAUCGCCACACUUGACGCCGCUAAUAGUUGCGCAACAUUCGGCGCCGGACAAAUCCAUGACGCUGUCGCUGUCUUCAGAUCACAGUCCUGCUGCGGCGAAAGAGUACGGAGAUCCCAAAAGCCCACCGAUUGUGGCGCCCAAACCCAAGAAGCUCCCAUCCAAUAUCAUCCUUAAAAGCCACAAGGACCCGGGGACCACUAAUUCGUUACUCCCUCAAACCGAACGAGCUCAAAUGGAUCCUCAGAAGGUCCGAAUGGAGGCUUUGAAAAAGUUAGGUCUGCUGAAAAACGAAGAGGCUGAAACCGGCCACGGCGUGUCUCCUUCUCAAUCGCCAACGUUCAAAGCUAAAACCCGCCCUCAGUCACUCUGCAACCCGACAGAACCCGUUCAGGAGCUAUCCAGACUUUCCGAAACCCCUAUACCAGAUGACGUGCAACUGGUAGCUGACACGCUAAAACACCAAGAUGAAAAAAGGCGAGAAGAUUCGGUAAAAAAGCAGCCGGCAAAGUCCUUCAACAUUAAAACGGCGUCUCUGGAGCGCACGGGAUCUCGAACGCCCGCUGAUGCUACGCCACAGACGGCGAACCCUGAAAGGACCCAAGUAGAGUUGUCUCCAGGUCAGUUACGCAAAAGCAGAGCUCGACCUCCUUCUGCAGGGAGCGCAAAGGACUUUGGCAUUGGCCCUCAGGUUGAAGAUUCAAUUAAAAUGCUCCAAGCUGCUGCGGUUCAGCCAGGGAAUGACGGGCAAAAGUUGCCCCGCUCCGGAAUAAGCGUGAUGAUCUCUCCGCACGGUACAAAUGGAGAGAACCGAAGGGAAGCCUUGAAGAAACUCGGAUUACUGAGGGACUAAUGCAUGGUGCUACCAGCCUUUCAAUUUAUUCUGGGACAUUAGCAUUGAAAGGACAUACGCUGAUGAUAUGGACUUUGCAUCAUUUGUGAUGGUUUUGGUUUCGGCUUGGUGGUCGAUUUGCAUCUUUAGGUAUCUGCUUAAGUAAUUGACACAAUGUGAUAUAAGCACUUUCUUCUAAAGAGGUACAGCUACAGUCCGCAUGAAUCCAGAUCAAUUUGAAAACAGCAUUUUCUGCUCUUUUAUCACAAUAAAAACUCACUGAGACAGUGCUGGGCAUGAUGCAUUACGCAAACGGAUUACUUUUUUCAUGUAACUAGUAAAGUUACACAAAAUUGCUUUGAUUUCCCAUUUAAUCACUGAUUCCUCUCUUGCCUCCAUGUUGAGAGAAAUUGAGAGCAAGUUGCUAAGGCACUUUCUUCAUCCCGAAGUUUAUUAUUUGCACUUUUGGCAUGAAAAAGGCCUUUACUGUUGACAAAAACAGUAAAAAAACUAUUGCAUUAAUUUACUACUUUCAAUAGAAAGUACCUAAAUAAUGCAAUUAGUUAGUCUUUUGUGGAGUAAUGUAUAACUAAUGCAUAACUUUUUUUAAAAGGUUACUUGCUGAGAUGAUACCAUGAAGUAUCAUGCUAGAUUCUUCUGGAAUUAUCCUUUAUUAGCAAAAUAUCCCACCACUCACUUACGUUAUCUUGCAUCUUACGUUACUAUAAAAUAUGCAUCGUCGUUUUUGGAUCUGCGAUUGCAAAUGGCAUUUUCAGCUUUCUCCGCUUAAAAUGUUUCAUGAAAAUAUUUUUAAUAUAUAUAUAUAUUGUAAUAUUUCAAAUAAAAAGCUCUUUCGCUGUUGAUUUAAAGAUGUUUUCAAAUUGAUCCCAAUAAAGUAGAUGUAGCCUAAGAAAAAAAGAUGUAAAUAUGUUUCCAUAUCGUUGAGAUGAUUAUGGUUUCCAGACAAUUUUCACUUUUUGCCAUUGGUUAUUUAAAUUUUGUUAUCUGGCUAUUAGGUUCUAGAUUAUGCCUAAAUGUCAAAUCUGGUGUAUAUAUGUCUUUAUUAAAAAGUGCCAUUUUCACAUACGUAAAACAGGCUAGGCUAAUCGCUAUUCGUGUAAACCAGCAUGCUCUGCAGAACCCGCGCAUGUCAAAUAUAACUUCAUAUAUUUAUGAGGGAUUCCUAAUAAAGAUUUGGACUACACCGAGGAGCUGAAGCGUCAGGAUCUUUGAGAAGUGCUGUAAAUGUGAUUCGUUUUGAAUUGACGCCGGUUUGAAAGAAUAGGAUCUCGUUCCGUCAAACUUUGAGAGCCAGAGUUCACUGUCCUUGUGUGUGACGCACGAAUAGCGAUCCAUGUUUUUCUUGUCAACAGAGAGUCUUGCUGAGGUAACAUUCUGAGAGUUCCUUUCAUAACAUCAACGGCUUCUAUCAGACGAGGCGGGAACUCGUCCGACCUGAUCCGAAGCAGCCGGGCCGUGUGAUCUGGGGCUAAUGACCUGCUUUUCUUUGUCAGCAACCAUUUGAGCCUGAAGUGAGCUGGGCCGAUCGAGUUUUUGGCUCAUUUACCUGCUUCUGCGAGCGUGAGGAUAUCAUUUGUCGCUUGAACAGGUCCGUUUGGCUUGCAACGUGUUCAAAACGCUAAAGUCAAGAGUCAUCAAAAGCCAUGCCAGGCUCUGGAAUGACUGAACGUGCCUUUGAGGGUGAAUCCAACUGACAUGAGAACUGAUAAAAAAAAAACAUACCUGA